AAAAAUAGUGAACUAAUUAUUUGGAAAUUUCCCUUUUGGCGACGUGUCCGAUCAGGCACACAGGCCUAGAAACACUAAACUCAUUUUCAUGGUCGAGUUAAUAGAAAACAUGGCCCGGGCAUCAGCUGACUUUAAGGUUGAAAAUUAUUGUUAAAAUAUAUAUUUUUAAAAACUUAAUAAUUUGAAUUUCCACAGUUUGAAGUAGGCUGAAUUUGAAAGUCUACAGCUGUUUACUUUUCCUGCUGAAAGAGUGAGUGAGCAGCAGAGAUCAGCCUCCUCAAGUCUCCACAUCAGCCUCAGAUGAAACCCUGUCCGCAGUCCCGGUUCGCAGCAGCAGAUAAAUAAAUCACAGUCUCAUUGUGGAUGUGUAAACAGGCUGUAAAUUAAAGUUACUUCUGAUUGUUUUCUCUCUGACUCCUCGUGGGUCCAGAUUCUCCUCAGACUGCUGCUGCUCGGUUUGGGCUCCGCUCGUGGGAGGAGUUGGUGCUGCUUCAUAUUCAGAGAGGAGGGGUGGGGGGGCUCUUUAAGGCUCUCAUUCUCUUUGGGGCUAUAAAGACGUAGUACCUUCAAGACGGAGCAAAUUAACUCCAUUGGCGAAUUAUUGCAUUAGGAGGCAUCGCUGCGCUCGUCUCUGCGCGCAGAGGAGAUUAGUUUGGUUUUUUUUUUUAUGGUGACAUUUUGGUUAAAGCGAGCGGAUCAGGGUGAUGGAAUACAUGGAGGAGAAGUUUGCGCUGAAAAGCCAGGCGAUGAAGGCCAGCGAUUACUACAUGGAUCAAGUCAUGGAGAGCUUGGACGGCGCGCAGUACUUCACCAAGUCCUCCCCGAAAUGUGUGCAGGCCUUCGGGCUGCAGAGCGCGGAACACCGCUCCUCGCCCUGCGGAGACCAGAACGGUGCGUAAAAGCCACUUUUUGUAACUUUUGAGGUUUUGCGCGCUCUUGAGUUAAGUUGUACAAGAGUUCAACUUUAUCUGCAUGUUGAAGAGAAUAUUUUUAGCUCUGUAUUUUGUUUUCCUCAUGAAAUUUUCCCUUGUAAUCUCUUAAGAAUUUAACAUUUUUGAUCCAUAAACCUUGACGUUUUUUUGGAAAAAUUCAAUUACGAAAAAUUCAUUUCUAUUUCCAAACAUGGGGCGCAGUUUUGUCCAUAUUUCAUCAUUAUUUUCACGCCUUUAUGCGUAGUUCCCAGGACCAGUAAAAAGCGAUAUUGUACAUUUAUCAUUUGUUGCUUCUAGGGAGUUACGGUGUGCCAAAAACAGACGACGACACUUUGCACUCGGAUCUCGGGAGAUCGAUGGACAGUUGUUGCACUCUGCGGGCCUCUCCGGUGACCUCCGGCCAGGAGAAAACGGAACUGGACGACAUGGGAGACAAAUGUGACAGUAACGUGUCCAGCAGCAAGAAGAGGAGACACCGGACAACCUUCACCAGCGCGCAGCUGGAGGAGCUGGAGAAAGUGUUCCAGAAAACGCACUAUCCAGAUGUUUACGUGAGGGAGCAGCUGGCCAUGAGGACGGAGCUGACAGAGGCCAGAGUGCAGGUACGGCCCGUCAGAGGAAUUUUAUUUUGUUACGAGAAAGAAAAGAGAGCAUCAAACACAAAACAGAGAGAAAUUAAAGAGAGGAAGGAAAGCGUGAGCGACGUGCGUAAAAAUCGAUUUUCAGAAAUAAAGCUAAAGUGAGCGUGGGGAUUCAAAAGUCACAUCAUUCUAAUAAUUUCUAUUAAUUUGUCUUUCUUUUACAAACAUUCCCAGCAGACUCGUUGAAAAAAAAUCCCACCAUAUCCUCGGAUCGUUUAUAAAUUUACUUUUUGUGUCUUUGUCUUUUUGUCCAAUCAGGUUUGGUUUCAGAACAGAAGAGCAAAAUGGAGGAAAAGGGAGCGCUACGGUCAGAUCCAACAAGCCAAAACUCACUUUGCAGCCACCUACGAUCUGUCAGUGUUACCGAGGACUGACAGCUACACACAGGCAAGUUUUCCUCUGACACACUCGGUUUAUAUGUUUCAUUAAAAUAACCCUGUGAUGGGAUUUCUCUCCAUCUACGUAGGCGUUGGUGCGUAAUGCGUAAUUCUUUAUCUCUCCAAGUCUUCUCUCUCUCCACAUAAAAAAAACUCCCACAACUAAUGAAAGCUUUAAUCUGCAUAAAUCAGCGCCUGUCAUCGCUGCUCUAUUCAUCAUUUAAUAUGAAAGCCAUCUUCAGAUAAGAGGCUGGACUCUGAUUAGAGCCUGUGUGAGGUGUCACGGCUGAAUUAAUGGUCUUAUAUCGGAUUUCAUUGGCUGCACAUUCAUCUUACCGUUUGGAACAAAGGUCAGGUACAAGAUGAGGUGAGAGGAGAUGCGCAGUGUCAGUUUGUUCCUUUUGGAGGGUGUUUCCCAUCACAAACUCAGAUUAGGCCUCAGAGUGUUGGAGAUGGACACACAGGAGCUUCUCUGAUGAGUGUGUUGAAAUUUAAAGCUCACAGAAAGCAGCUUGUGUGUUUGAUUUAAAGAACUGCAAAGAUGUCUGAAAUAGUCCAAGUCUACUUCAGCAUUUUCUCCACACAUGUUUCUGAUGGAGACCUCUGGAUACCCGCCAUGCCCCGGUCUCACAGCUGAUCCAGAUUUCUGUCAUUAAAUGGACCGUCCCCUGUGUAACCGUGCUGGCACAGGGUGGGGUUUUGUCUCCUUAAACUCAGUGGACAUGGGCUGCAUUCCUGUGGUUUGUUUAGUCUUGUUGACAGGGAGGUUUUUGGUCAUUUUUGAUGCUUUUUGGGCUCCAAGUCCUGCCUGUGGAUGGCACAGAGUCAGGAACAUGUUGGCAACACUGUUUCUCAAACUAUGACCAUGUUUCCAUGAUAUAAGCCGUACGAGGGGGACGCUUAUUCUCACCAAACCGCUGUUGGUUCGUGGUUUCUGAAAGUAAAUUUAAUUUCAUGUAAAGCCAUUCUGCGGCAGAAAGUUUCAUGCUGUUCUGAGAAAUCGCCAUAAGAUACUUUCUCAGUUUAUUUCACUAUUUUCUUGUUUGUGUUAAUCCAAAACGAAAUGACCACUUUUGAUGCACUGAUUUAAAGUUAAAGCUAACUAUGGUGACAGAUUUCAGUGUUUUUUUCCUGUGGAGUUUUCAUGCUGUUCUCACAUACGCUGACACGACCUCUCAGCUUGAUUGAAAUCUUGGCCAAUCAGAGCAAAUGAUCCGCUUCAGAGUGAAUAAUCCAGCUGAGAUUGAUGGAGCUGUCGGCUCAGUUUGUAUCCCUACAUGCUAUAGAAACACACACUCUUAUAGGCUUCAGUUUUCUAUUCGCUGACCUGAUGAGAUUUACUUUUGGUCGCUCUGUCCUCCUCUUAAUGCCCCUGAAAUAAAAACAUUUACCAUAAAACACGUAGUUCAGCCCCUUUAGAAUAACAUUUUCUCGUAUACUUGAUAGUUUUGGAUUAUUAAUCAAUUUUUUUAAGUUUAUACAAGGAGGAAAGUGCACAUUAAUCAACAGUUUAGCAGUGUGCAUCACUUUAAAUACGUCACAAUCUGCAAAAAACAGAAACAGAAAACAAGUUACAAAACCUCUGGACAUAACAAAGAUUUCUUUGUCAUGUCGAGGGAUUUUCAGUGAAUUUUCUUGCCGCUCUCAGUGUUGGAAGCAAAAUUGGAUUUAAAAAAAAUGGCAAUAUCUCUGUCCAUGAAUAUAGUAUGUGUUAAACAGGAUGGCUGUCUGCAGUUUUACAGGGUGCAAAGAUUGCUGGAUUUUCACAGUGUUGGGUCGCGUUUAGUCAUCCAGGGGGGCUCUGAAACCUUCCUGUGCACAGUGCUGGUUUAAGAACCUGCUUGUAGAUCAGCUGUGCAGCAUGAGAGCAAAUUUAACGGUAAAAAGAGUCACGAUGACAGUAAAAGUGUUUUCCUCCUGUCUUUAAUUCUGCUUCAGCAUUUAUGAUAGUGUGGCAAGAAACUAAAAUACCAGGGGCACAUUAUGAGGAACUUAAUACACAAGCUAACACACUAGUGUGCAGAUUUCUGACAUGCACACAUGACUCUAAAUCUGGACUUUUUCCUCCACUUGUGAUGCAGUUAUAAGAAAGCUACAAAGAGAAGCAGCAGGUUUUAUAAAGAGCUGCAUAAAAAAAGUCUCUCUGAAACAGCAAAAUCCACCAAUGCAAGUUUGUACUGUCUCAACUUUCCUGGCUGCAUUAAUUAGGUUUAAACAUAAGUUUAUAUGUGGAUUAAUUAACUCAAAAUGUGAAAUCUUAAAGGUGCUCGCUUUGUGACAAAAGUUAAAGUUUGUUUUCUAGCGCUGUGAACUUGUGAAGAAGUGAUUUUUUCAUUUUGUUGUAUCUAUAUUUUAAUUUCUCUUUUGUUCUUAUGUUGACAUCUGAGUCUGAAACGAGGAAUCAAACAGUGCACCUUAUUAUAACUCUUAAUAUAAAUGUUAAGUUCAAAUGCAUGUACGAUUUAAAGAUAGAUUUGUCUUAUUAUGAGAAACGUUUGCACACUCUUCCUUCACCUCUGUUUUAUAUUUGUCGUCCACUCCCUUGAGAUUUCAGCCUAAAUUGUUACAAGAUCAUCCUGAUUGAGAAAUAAUUGUUUUUUUGUUGCUUUAAUACUUUCAAAUUUACAACAGCCGACUUCCUCAGUGAUCUGCUGUCGUGCUUUUAUUGAAUCACUUCUAUCCUUGUCUUUGGUGCCAUGGUUCAGUCGUCUAUCAAAAGGAGGAGAGGGUCUCUUAAAGUAAAUAAUAACAGAGUCUAAUCAGCUGAUUGGUGAGCCCCAGUUUUACCAAGCACAAGUCCACCUCGAUUUACAUAAUGACUUCCACCCUCUGCACAAUGAGUUAGUUCUUUUUCUAUAUGGAGGUUUUUAGUCCAAAGAUGGAGAACAGAGCGGUGCAAAAACUAUUCAGCUUUGUUUAACUUGUUGUAUUUACUGCAGAGGAAUUGUUUAUUUUUGUGUUAAAACUCAUUCUGCCUUAGUUUUGUUCAUUUAUCUCAUGUUUGAGAUUUCUUUAUCUCCUUCUCUUGUUUUUCCCCGGUACUUUUUGGAUGUUUUAAUAUAUAUUUCUAACUCUGGAUCUUUUUAUGUUGUUUCUUGAUAAUGGCAGUUUUAUAAUUUUAAUAAUCGGCAAACUGGAUGGUAUCUUCCUGCAAAACUGAUGAACUAUUGCCCAAUUAGUGUCCCAAUUUUAAGGUAUACAGUAUUGGUAUACUUUGGUAACAUAUUAAAGAAUAAACUGCUAUAAUGUUGUUUUAAUAAUACGUAGAUUAAAGGCCCACUUAGUCACAGAACAGGUGUGGAAGAUGUCGCUCAAUCCUUCGAUAUUUUAGCGAGGGACAUGAACAUGACAGCAUGAGCGUGAUAGCAUCUAUUUUAUCUAUAUCUACAUGUUUCAGACAGCCAUUCUGAAAUUUAAACACAAAUCCUGUUAUAAGCAGACACACACUAACUUUGAUUUAUUUAUUUAAAGGUUUAGAAAACAGUCAAAAAUAUACAGACAGUAUUAUCUGACUGACUUUGGCUGAUACGGAUAUAAACACACAUAGUUAAGAACAGAAAAUGUUCCCAUCAGCUGAUACCUAAAAUUAUCCUUUUAAUCUCCACCGGUGUAAUGCCAAUAAUAUUUGGUGCGUCUUUUUAAGCUUAAAACUGCUCAGAUUCAGCUUGUCCUCUGUGUUAAAGAUCUAAAUGAGUAUGUGCAGAACGAGUCGUAUCUUUUUAUUCAAGCUUUAUGUGAGAAAGAGGAUAAUAACGCGGACAGUCCUUUUUGUCUGCAUGAAUACGAGAAUCCGAUUCUUUGUAUAUUCCCUUGUCCCCUCAGUUUAACAGAUCCCCCUCCUCUCCUUAUCUCCCCACCAGAUCCCCAACAACCUGUGGCCGAGCUCCUCCCCCGCCGGUCCUGUGGUCUCCUCCUGCAUGCUCCCUCGAGGCUCCCCUCCCUGCGUCACCUCCUACCCUCACUCCCCUCGAUCAGCCGCCGGCGCCGCCGACCACGGCUACGUGAGCUUCCCCAACCAGCAGAACCAAUUCGGCCACGUCUCCCUCAACAACUUCUUCAGCGCGGACUCCCUCCUCACGCCAACCGCCAACGGUCACCACCCGUUCGAGGCCAAGCCGGAGUUUGAGAGGCGCUCAUCCAGCAUCGCUGUGCUGCGCAUGAAGGCAAAGGAGCACACGGCCAACAUCUCAUGGGCCAUGUGAUCAGGGUUUCUAUGCAAGUCUGGAGAAUCUGGAUGAUGUACGGAAAGAAAAUGAUUAGACUUUCCAGUUUCUUUAAACUCAAGACUCUGAAAUCAAAUCCAGAACAGGGUUUGUGUCGCAGCAUUUUCUGCCAUCACAGAGUAGCUUAAACUUAUAUUUUGAUGCAAGUGAUAAUCAAAUACACCCUGAUACUUCAGAAGAAAAAGUGACAGGAUAUCUGCUCCCUCUGAAAGCGGCGAGUCAAUCUCGUGAAGAAGUCAGCAAGUUAAAAAGCCGUGGUGUUGUGUGACAAUCAGCUGUGCUUCAUGGACUUGAACUGUUAUCAAGCAAACUUUCUCUAUACUCUCAUUUCUGACAUUUGAAAGCUCUGCCAUCAGGUCGGUGUCAGACAAAACAGACCAUAAGUGCCUUUUUUUUUUUUACAGUUUUCAUAGAAAAGUUCAAACACAUUUAAAAGUUUAAGCUAAACAGAAUGAGAUUUUUCAUGUCAGGAAAUAUGACCGACGCUCACGCAGAUACACAGGAUGUUCUCAGUCGUCCUCAGUUGUUGCUAAAAUCCACUCAAAUCAAACGUUCCUUACAGUAGCUUUAAUGAUAGCGAUACGAUUUGUUCAUUCAGGCUUUCAGAGUAACAUCCUGCGCUCUUUUUGGUCGAACCAGACGAACCGCCGUAAUCUGCCCGCUUCUUUAUUUUUGUUCCUAAUGAGGAGCAGGAAGUCCUGACAAAAAGACAUGAAAAGGAGCUGCCAGCUGGACUACAAACCCCCCGAACAGAGUGGAUCCAGAGGAGGGGGGCGUCCCCGAACCACUUAAGCAUCUCUCUAAGCACUGUGAAUAAGCUUUUUAUCUUCCUCCAUUGUUUCAGCUCAGGACCGAAGAUGAGCAGAGUUAAAGUGACUCCAUGUACUGAUGUGUGUGUUUGUGUGUGUGUGUGUGUGUGUGUGUGUGUGUGUGUGUGUGUGUGUGUGUGUAUGUGUGUGUGCAGCAAAGCUCUGUAACCUCUGUAGUCUGCCUCUGCUUCUGUCACCCAGGCAAAGGAGAGGCAGCUUUUAUACGUGUUUGUGUUGUAAAUUUAUCUGGUGUAAGCAGAAAUAAAUGAAUGUUACU